CUCCGCCGACCCCUUUUCAACCUCCCCCUCAUUCCCCUCACCCCCUCCCUCUACCUAUUUUCUCGUCCCUUCCACCAUGCUCUCCGGCAUCCUUAUCUUUAAUCAAAAGGGCGAGAAUCUCAUCUUCCGCUCUUUCCGCAGCGACUGCCGGCCGCGCCUGGCCGACAUCUUCCGCAUUCAGGUCAUCUCCAACCCGCAGGUGCGUUCGCCCAUCCUGACCCUGGGCUCGACGACCUUCAGCCAUGUCAAACACGAGAACAUCUACUUGGUGGCGGUAACCAAGAGCAACGCCAAUGCGGCGCUUGUUUUCGAGUUUCUGUACCGGCUGGUCAUGCUGGGGCGGAGCUAUUUCGGGAAAUUUGACGAGGAGGCCGUGAAGAACAACUUCGUGCUCAUCUACGAGCUACUGGAUGAAAUCCUCGACUACGGCUACCCCCAAAACACGGAAACCGACACGCUCAAAAUGUACAUCACGACGGAAGGCGUGCGGUCGGCGAUCGCCAACUCAGCGACGGACUCGAGCCGCAUCACGAUGCAGGCGACGGGGGCGCUGUCGUGGCGGCGCUCGGACGUGAAGUACCGCAAGAACGAGGCGUUCGUGGACGUGAUCGAGGACGUGAACCUGCUGAUGUCGGCGACAGGGACGGUGCUGCGGGCGGACGUGAACGGGCAAAUCGUGAUGCGAGCGUACCUGUCGGGCACGCCGGAGUGCAAGUUCGGGCUGAACGACCGGUUGCUGUUCGAUGGAGACUCGGCGGGGGGCAGCUCGCUCGGCGGCGGCGGUGGCAGCGGCGGCGGCGCGAUCACGGGGAAUAGGGAUGGGACGACCAAGGCGACGCGGGCGGCGGCGGGGUCGGUCACGCUGGAGGACUGUCAGUUCCACCAGUGCGUCAAGCUGGGCCGGUUCGACGCGGACCGGAUCAUCUCGUUUGUGCCGCCGGACGGAGAGUUCGAGCUGAUGCGCUACCGCGCCACCGAGAAUGUCAACCUGCCCUUCAAGGUCCACCCGAUCGUGCGCGAGGUCGGCACCACCAAGGUCGAAUACAGCGUCGCCAUCAAGGCCAACUACAGCUCCAAGCUCUUCGCCACCAACGUCGUCAUCCGCAUUCCAACUCCCCUGAACACCGCCAAGACCACCGAGCGCACCAGCCAGGGCCGCGCCAAGUACGAGCCCGAACAAAACAACAUAGUCUGGAAGAUCGCCCGCUUCUCCGGCGGCAGUGAGUACGUGCUCACGGCCGAGGCGACCCUGACCAGCAUGACCCACCAGAAGGCCUGGAGCCGCCCCCCGCUCAGCCUGUCGUUCAGUCUGCUCAUGUUCACCAGCUCCGGGCUGCUGGUGCGCUACCUCAAGGUCUUCGAGAAGAACAAUUACAGCAGCGUCAAAUGGGUGCGCUACAUGACGCGUGCCGGAAGUUAUGAGAUUCGAUUCUAGCUGUUACUGUUACUGCAGGCAGAACAGGGAUAGUGGUUGGCCGGACGGACUGCACAAAAGAAACAAUUUUAAUGCUCCUACUACUACACCAUACACCAGCAUAUCCUUUUUCUAUUUCCCGGGGCGAUGAACCCGCGCUUUUUUUCUACAUACUGCAUUUAUAAGUACUUUUUUUUGUCUCAUCGAGCUUGGUGUCUGGCGUUUCUGUCUUAGGCUAUGAUUGUUUGCUGUAUGAUUGAGUUUUGAGUCUGAGACCAGAAGAACAAUAUCAAAACC